GAACUACAGACCGAGGUCAAUCGACUAAGAGGCCGAGAAGCUGAACUGACAGCACAGGUCGCUUCUUUUGGUGCCGGUUCGGCUGCUUCAGCUGGACCUGGCAGUGCACUGGCACAGUUGGUGCAGUCACAAAAGGAGCUUGUGGACGCCCUUAGAUCGAAAGAACAAGUCCGGUUGGUCGACAACAAGGGCCUUGGCAAGCCCGACAAGUUUGAUGGGACAGCCGAAAGAUUCUUGUCAUGGAAAAUCAAGACGUCCUCCUAUCUUGCAAGUGUUCGCAAAGACCUUCGUGAGAUUCUGGUUUGGGCCGAAGAUUGCGAUCAUGCAAUCACUGCAGAUGACAUCGACAAGGCUUUUGGGAGUCAAGCAGAUGCCAUUGACCAGGUGUCGAACAUCAGUGAAUUGAGACGCGAGCUUUGGGACGCGCUGCUAAUGCUGACAGAGCGUGAGCCCUUUGACAUCGUGCUGAACACCGGGGAAUGCGGCAUCGAAAGCUGGAGAAAGCUCACGCGGAGGUACGACCCAUCCACUGGUGGUCGCAAACGCGCUCUCCUCAAUGCAAUCUUGUCACCGGCUCGAUCCAAGAUGGAAGAUUUGCCGUCCAACCUGGAGAAGCUUCUUGACAGCAUCAGACUUUAUGAACGUCGCAAAGACGCAUCUGGCAACCGAACGAUGUUGGCAGAAGACAUCAAGAUCAACGUGAUUGAACGAUUGGUGCCGGCAGAGCUCGAGCGUCAUCUCGUUCUCAAUCGAGAUCGCUUCAAGACGUUCGAGUCCAUGCUGUCCGAGAUCCAGUCCUAUGUGGAACAUGCCACCGGCAACAAGAUCAAGGUGGUGAAUAGCCAGCCCUACGACGCACAUGGCCGUGGGGACGAUCCUAUGGAUGUCGGAAGCUUUGGAAAAGAUGCGAAGGGAAAAGGUAAGGGCAAGAAGGGAGCUGGAGGAAAACCUGGAAAGGGAAAUGCAACAGCUGAGAAGAGAACAUGUCACAACUGCGGACGCCCAGGACAUCUGCGGGCAGAUUGCUGGGCACCUGGAGGCCCCAAACAUAAGGGGACGGGUGGCAAAGGCAACAGCAAUCAGAAUAAGGACAAGGGCAAGGGCAAAGGCAGCCCCGGAAAGCACAAGCAGAAGCCCAAAGGAGGCAAAUCUGUGAACAAUGUCGAACAAGGUGAACCAGAAGCAGAAGACUGGGACGCAGCUGAUGGCGACGAUGGUCAACAAGCAGCAAAUGGUUUAACGCUCUAUGGCGUUGAUGGGCCACCACAUGACGAGGAUGACGACGAAAGUUUCCAGGUCGAUCCCGAGUCCGAGGAGUCGGAAGCCUCGACAAGUCGCAGAAGGUGGUUUUCUUUGCCUCACCCACGUGCGUCAUGGCCUGAAGAGUGGGACGACCCCGACUAUGAUGGACCGAGUGGAUCGAGCACCUCGAACGCCACAGGGAAGACCCAAGAGGGGCAGAAGUCCAAAGAGCUCAACACCAAAGAGAGGCAAAGCAAGCAGAUCAGGGCCAGUCACUCCGGAGUCAGCACUCCGACGCUUUCGAAUGACUUCGAUGACACCACCACCAAGGAGAAGGUUGAGGUGAAGCCACCACCACCUGUCAAGGCAUCAUCGGCAGCUUCGACUUCAGGUUCUCGACUUGUCCAGAUGCUGAAGGCUGCGCUGAGUUCACAAAUCCGCAAAGUCCAAGAAGAAGAUCCUGGUUCAGGAGAUGGCCAGGCAGAUGCGAUGUUAGCGGCUUUGAGGACUAGAUCUGUCAAGGCACCGCACAUCACAAAGCAGAACAUCAGCGAUCCUUCUUUCCACGACUCGAGAUACCAUGCCGAGAUUGCCAAAGGUGUUGCACACAAUGUGGCCUGGAGAAAUGAACGUUUGAGAAGACGUGCAAUCGUCCACCGACGAGGAGGAGAAAAGGCACGUGCGGCUGAAAGGAUUCGACUUGACAAAGAAUGGCAUGAACGCUUUGACAACCCAGAAAAUCCAGAAGGCAUAGUGAGAAUCGAGGAUGAAGACAACUUGGAUGCGGGCAUCGAGACGGUGGUUGUGGGCAAAGCUGGUCAGAGCACAGUGAUAGACUUUUCAAUGGAAGAGCGGAAAACUUUGAGGCAGUUCCCGGACGACGAGGCCAAGUUGCUGCGGAAGGAUCCCAAGAAGAAACCCAUGACCAAGCGUGUUCGAAGCGUUGGGUACAGGGUGAAGAAGAAUCGCCACCGCAAUGUGGCGCGCAAGAUGGCGAGGAAGAACCGACCAGCCUUGGUUCUGAAGGAAAACACUGAAGUGAACGCAGAUGAAGAUGAUGAUGAAAUGGAAGAGGUCUACAUCGAAGAGCCUGAUGAGCCUCGAGACCGACCAGGCAGAGGAGACCCCGAUGGUGGAGCUGGAUCGGCUCCUGCUGCAGUCUACAGCUUGGGGGCCUCUGACGACUGGCGAAAAUGGGAACGAGCAGAGUUGAACAUCGACACCGGUGCUGCCAUCACUGCAGUACCACUUGACUUCGCCAAGGACUACCCGAGGAGCGAGUCCAAUGGAGCAAGCUACAAGGCAGCCAAUGCGGAACCCAUCGAAGAUCAGGGAAGUGUGAAGCUGGUGGGAUACGACGAAUCUGGCAACAAGAUCCCAAUCGAUUGCCGAGUUGCAGAUGUGCAUCGGCCACUUCUUUCAGGUUCCGAGAUCGCCAAGAACUACCACAUCGCCCUUGGACCAUCUUCGGGGAGAUUGAUCCCAAGAAACACUCCUGCGGGACGGGCCUAUUCGAAGGCCAUGAAAGAUCUGAUCCGAGAUUAUGGCGAUUCAAUGCCCAUUGUGCACAAUCGCCGAGGAGUAAGACCACAAAUCAACGCUGUUGGCGAGGAUCCAGCUGUUUCAGCCGGAGCCGAUGCCAUGGAAGAUGGAGGCGAUGUUUCAGCCGCUUCGGCCGGAGCAGGGUCCUCAGGCGAUGUUCCAGCUGCUUCAGCCGGAGCAGAUGCCUUUGAAGAUGAAGUUGAUUUGGAAAUCGGUGAAGAACAGAGGAAAGCCAUUGUGAAGAAAGAACCACAUCAACCAUCCCAAGCUGAAGUUGACGAACAUGAAAGCACUGGACAUGUUGUCCAUCGGAGCUGGUGCUUGCACUGCAAAAGGGCACGUGUGACUGCUGAUCGCCAUGUGCCUAAGGAACUUGAUGAGCCAGAAACGCAGUUGCCCACGCUGAGCCUGGACUACUUCUAUAUGAACCAGGACCAGGUUGCGGAUGAGGCGACCCUUCCGAGCAUUGUGGCGAAGUGCCACAAGACCAAGAGAUUUUGGGCGAGCGUUCUCCCGGGAAAAGGGGCGGAUGCGUUCGCAAUCGCGUUGCAAGAACGAGAACAUGGUGGACUGAGGAUCGCCCUUCCCGAUGUUGCAGUCAAGAAAGGAUCAAAAGAGCGAGAGAGAGAGUUGCACAAGGCAGGCGCCCAAGAGGCGCGGCUGCACCGCCUGAGGGUGGUGGGGCAGAAGGUGGUGAAGCUACACCACCAGUUGUCCCAGGAGGGGAAGUUGAACAACCAGUCUUGCAAGACCGUGUUCCUUAGGAUGCGGAAAUGGAUGCAAGUGAGGCUGUUGGUGAACCACUGGUCGACACCGAUUUUCGUGGAGAACUCAGACAGAGAGAACAAGAAAGAGAAGGAAGCCCAAAGAGGCAGAAACAAGAACAAUCCCGAGGCUUCAGGGUCAGCCGGACCACCGGCACCGGAUGCUUCAUCUGGUGUUCCGGAAGGUGCUGCCGCUGCACCAACAAGUCCUGAGACAAACCAGGAGAUGCUACAUCUGUGUUCCUUGCUCAAAGAUGUGAUCGCAAAAGGGAAGGUUGCUGAGAUCUUCUCUCCACCGCGUGUGGCUGCACAAGCCCAAGUGGUCGGGCUAGCACCUGGCUUCUCGAUUGACUUGGAGACAAAGCGUGGUGAUGGAACUCACUGGGACUUGAGUAAAGAUGAACACAUUCGUGAUCUGUUUCAACUGCUUGACUAUGAGAAACCAGAGUUCCUCGGCGGCUCACCUCCCUGUGGGCCAUUCUCGAAGCUGCAAAACAUUGUGGAUGCGAAGGGCAAUGUUUCACCUGAAGUUCGAGCGCAGAGACUAAAAGAUGGUCGCAAACAUCUGCGCACGGCAGUUUCAGCGUAUGAGCAUCAAAUGAAUGCUGGAAGGUACUUCUACCAUGAGCACCCUAAAGGGGCCGCUUCGUGGGAAGAGAGAGCUGUGAAGAGACUGAGGGCAGAUGAACGGGUGUAUGAGGAGGAGUUUUGGAAGCAGCUGCCCGACAGCGAUGACACCAUCGUGGAGCCAGUGCUUGACGCACACUCCGGUGCUGUCUUGGAUGUUGACAAGGUCAGAGCCUCGAGCACUCUUCAGAGCACGAUCAGCUUGAGUUCCGGUGAAGCGGAAUACUACUCGAUCGUUCGAGGAGUUUCCAUCGGAAUGUCGCUACAGGAGAUCUUGCGAGGAGGGGUGACGGGAUAUAGGGUUCUCACUAGUUGCUACGCCAACCUUUGGCUCAAGAACACC